GAAUAUUAUACCUAAUUUCUGAUUAUUUUUAUUAUCACUUAAUAAUCAGUGCGUCUACAACAGUGAUAUGGAAAGUUUAAAAAAGAAAACUUUCAUGAUAUUAAUGGGAGAAAUGUUUUUUUCUCAGAAGAUAUUGUUCAUGUGUUGAAUCACUUGAGAAAAUCGCUCUUAUGUUCACACAAGUUUGUCAUGAAUAUAAAGGAUAUGACGCCCAAAAUGUUAAUGGUGGAACCAUGGAUUUGUAGCUAUGAGAACUUCCAGUUCUUUAAACUUUUCCGUAUGUCAAAGAAAACAUUUAUUGAUUUAGCAGAAAUGAUAGGAAAAAGCGACGAAAAAAAGAUAUUAGCAAAGCCAUAUACAGGUGGUCACUAUCCAGUGAGUUUAUAUGGCCAUAUUUUAAUAUUCUUGUAUUUGGCUACACAGGAUACUUUGUUAAGCAUAGGAACUAGAUUUAAAGUGUCCCCAACAACAGUGUUGAGUAUAACAAAUAAGGUGCUCUACUUCAUGCUAAAACUGAAAUCAGCCUACAUCAAGUUUCCCAAAAAUAAAGCUGAAAUGAGAGACAUUAGUGAAGGUUUCAAGAAGUAUCCAGGAUUUAUUGGAGCAGUAGAUGGUACCCACAUAUUUGUAAAUGUUGAAAAAGGUCAACAAGAUAGCUACAUAGACUGCUAUAGAAGAACAUCUAUAAAUCUCAUGGCAAUAAGUGAUUCUAACACUUUAUUCACCUAUGUGUUUUUAGGAUACCCUGGAUCUGCUCAUGACUUAAGGGUUAUGUGUUAACAAAAAUAAGAAACCGCCCCAUUUUGAAGUUUUUGAAAAUUCAAUUAUGUGCAAAAACAUUGAGAGACAUGGGCCAAACUUCUACUUUUUGGAUACUCAGAAAUAUCAUAUAAUUGGUGAUAGUGCAUUUGCAUUAAGAACUUGGCUUAUUACUCCUUACCGAGGCGACAAUGUGACCAGAAAGCAAAAGUUUCACAAUGACUGCCUUAGUUCCGACAGAGUAAAAAUUGAACAUUGUUUUGGGGCAUAUAAGGGUAGGUGGAGAUUGCAACAGCUGCAUGUUUUACACAAUUUUUGCAUUUUGCAUAAAGACACCUAGAGUAACGAUUUUUUUGGAAUUGACCUGGACAGAAAUAUAAAUCAGGCUGAACUAGAAGAUAGGGGUAUAUGCAGAUAUAACAUAGAAUAAUAUUAUUGUACCAUUUUUCAAUUUAAAUUGAAUAAAAAACACAAUUAUUGGUUUGCAUUUUAAUUUAUUUAUCUCUACUUUCAUUUUAACUUAAUUA